AUACCUAAACUAUUAUAUUUUGAUACGGCAAAUAUAAUUAAAUUACAACUUAGUCAUUAUAAUGUAUAUUUUAUAUUUUGAUAACCCAAAAUUAAUUUUAAUGUAAAAUAAUUGAUCAAUUAUGUUUUGAUAUCUAAAUUUUAUGAGAUUUUCGUACCAACAAUUUUUUACUUUUACAUAAUGGUUCAAUGUUUAGAUUUCACUUGAAUCCAUGAAUUCAAUCCACCAAUCAUUGUGAACCAAUCCAUGAAUCCAAUCCACCAUAACAUAAAAGUAUAAAUUGAGUUUGUACCAUACAAGAUGCAUCACUCAACAGUAGGAGAGGAUUCAACCAUUUUAUAUUUGCUCAUUAAGUGACACAUUAAAAAAAUGAUGAAAGAGAGACGAGUCUAAAAUAUUGCAAAAUCGAAUUCAUAAACUCAUUUAGUACAUUUACGGGGUACUAAACAAACUUCUACUAACUACAUGUAACAGAAUAUGCGAAAAAUACAUAAGCAAUUCUUUUAUUUGACCGUCAAUAAAACAGUAAACUCUUUUCACCGAAGCAAUUUAUUGAUUCAUAAACUCAUUUAGUACAUUUACGGGGUACUAAAUAAACUUCUACUAACUACAUGUAACAGAAUAUGCGACAAAUACAUAAGCAACUGUCAAUAAAUUGCUUCGGUGAAAAGAGUUUACUGUUGUAUUGACGGUCAAAUAAAAGAAUUGGUCGAAACCUUUUCAUCAUCUGCAUUCCCUUUGUUUAAUUUUUGCAUUCGCCUUCCAUAACCCUUAGUACCUUAACUUUUGAAUUUAUACAAAUAGAUCUAAUUUUUGUAUGUGUAACUAAAACACCCUCGAAUAAAAUGGGUAUCCAUACCCAACUCAUACACAUUUAGAUUAUGAAAGUAAAUAUUCAUACCCUGCCCAAACCCAUCUACAAACUUCCAAACUCAUAUAUUCUCCACCCAUACCAUACAUAUAAUCAAUGAGUCUACUUGGUUUAUGUAAAUAUCAUUUAUUAGCAAAAAUUUUAAAAUUGGAUGUUAGCCGCCAUAUAUAUAUUCUCAGUGAUUAUUUUAUUUUCAAGUCAAUAUUACUAACAAAAUUGCUAACAAAAAAUUAAUUUAGACUAAAAAUACUAAAAAAAUACCAUAACAAGCCACAUAAUACAUACUUAUAGGCCAUCUCCGCUCCGCGAUAAGUCGUGACAUCGCCACUAGUUUAUAUUGAAAAUGGUAAUAGUGAGCACUAUCAUUAUCGCCCUGGCUGGCUGGGGGUUCUUGAAGUUUAUAUUACCAAGGCCAAGAGUGCAUUUGGAUAUCACCGUAUAUAUAGUAAUUCAGUGAUAAGGCUGUUAUUCGGAUGAAUUGGAAUUCCGGCACAGAAUGAAGCACUUAUAAGCCAAGAUACGUAUAGGUCUAGCUAUGUUUUAGGGUAUCUUGCCGGGGUUUGUAAAGAGAGAAGAGGCAGUUUUUGUAGGUUGGCUAAUCAAUAUAUCCAAAAAUUUCUACUCUGGGAUUUUAUCGCCCAAUUAAUUUAUAAAGCUAGCCCGCUUUACUCAGAACACAUAUUAGCUAGCUAAACGUGCAGACAGACAGACAGACGGAGAAAGAGAUGGGCGUGCAGGUUGGUCGCUCGGAAGCUCGAAUGGCCACAGUGCUGAUUUCGUCACUAAUUCUGACAACGAUCAAUGGAGGCUUCCACGGCGAUGUAAUGAUCAUCUUCUCUGCUGAAGCUGCCCUGGAUCCACUGUGCAGUGCCUCCCACGAAUGGUUUUGUAGUCCUACCAACACUUCCUUCCCAUCCGUGCAGAGAAAAAUAUUCUUGAAACUGAAAUCCCCGAUAGCGUGCGAUCGGUUCUAUUCUUCUUCAAGUACAGUACCAGACGCCUACGUACAUUAUUCUUGUGCUGAUGCCCAUGAUCCCAAAUGCGGUGACUGCUUAACCACAGCGACUCGGCUGAUGCGUUUUAAUUGUAUUGGCAAAGACGGAGCUCAGUACGGGACGGAGCAGUGUUGUGUUAGAUACGAGAAGGAAAAGUUUUGUUGAGCUUAAUUUGCUUAGAAAUUAUGUUGUUUAUGUUGUCGAUCCGAGCAAAGGUUCCCGCUAGCCAGGUUUCGAGCCAACAAAGGCUCAAAAGACUAGUCGAUAUAUGUUGUAACGGCCGGGGAAGAGAUGCGGUAUAAAUAAAACUAAACGAGUUAUUAAUAUGGAUGAUGAAUUUUUUUACUAUUUGAGUACACUGAAAAAUUUAAAUACAACUUUCAUAUAAUUAUAUAUUUUUUAGUACUAAUAAUAAGGAAAGGUCAAUUUUUAGCAGAUCUCAAUAAUAUAACGCUCAAACAUUUUUAUUUGAUAGUGGCUUGAGAGUAUCAGUACAGGACGGAACAAUGAGUUGAAGCGAAAGUACGUGUUAGCUAGUUAAAUCACUAUCGCAAGAAGUGCAUGCACAUGCUGAGAGUGACUUUAGACUUUAGAGAAAGGGAUAGAGUGUAAGUCUUAAAAUACACAAACCAUUGAUGCAUGAUAUGAAUGACCCUAGUUUGCAUGAUAGUGGUGAGUUCACUAUCUCUUACAAUAACGUAUCUUUUCUUUUAUACAUAUAUAAAUCGGAAACCCCUAAACGACUGUACUCUUCUUACUUAUUUACUUAAUUCUUGGGUGCCAUGCUGAUUGGUGUGAGUAGUUGUGCAUUUGAUGACCUUCGAAAUAUAAGACCCGACAACCUAUGAUUUAUCUCUUGUACUACACAAUCAAACUACGCAGGGAGCAUCGUCGACUCGCUGUGCACGAGAUCGAGUGUUGAGCAUUCAUGUAGUGGAGGCAGCCCAGCCUGUGCCAGGGGCCGAAGAUUGGCAUUGGGAGAGGCUUUGAUUCUCGCCCCGUGAUUCCGACCACGACCCUCAAAUUCACCGCUAGUCGAUUAUCGAUUCUAAUUGGUAGAAGGAGGAAAAGAAGGUGGGAUUGAACGGCCAAAUUUUUAUUGUCAAUAGGUUAUAGGUUUGGAUCAUCAGUAAUGGUGGAAAAGGAUGGAGGAGAAGAAGCUCCACGCACGAGAAGGAGGCGACAAUUUCUGGGUCAAUUUUUUUGAAAUUUUUUGUAAUUUAGUUGGAAAUCUUAUAUAUUUUUAAUAAUGUUAUCAUAUGUGGUACGGAAGUGGAAGACACCUAAGUGUUACUUCAUCAAUGGUCAGACAGACGAAGGUUGUUUACUGUUAGGUGAACAAUUAACUUUAACGGUCAACAUACAUUUUUGAAACACCUGAUAUUUUAGUUAGAUUCGUAUUUUUUGCUCUUUGAAGUUUCUUCAGAGCUCUCCGUGUUGUGGCAUAUCAUGAUCUUUCAUAGUACUUCUACUGCAUACAAACUAGGGGUGAAACUUGACCGGGAAGAACCACUGACCCAUCCCGAUUCCCUACGCGUCCCGUCCUGACGCAUCCCGUCCCUAAGGGUCGGGACAUGUCAGUUUGUCUAGAGGGUCCGAUUAGGGAUGGGUCAUUUGAUGACCCUGUAAGGGUCGGGACAUGUAGGGACAAAUUAGAGAUGGGUCACGUUUUGACCCUUAGCAACAACAAAUAUCUCACACCACAUUGGACCUUUUUGUAAAUUUUAAGAAAUUUAGGUAGUAACUUGUAAAAAUAAAAAAAAUGGCUACCAAAAUUGAAUUAUACACCAAAAUUUAUGGACUUAUUUGUAAAAAAUAAAUUUUAGGUACUAAAUUGUAAGAAAAAUAAUUUUGGGUAUCAAAACGUGUAUAAAGGUAGUGUGUUGAUUUAGGGUCGACCCACUGACCCGAACCGUCCCGACCCGACCUGACCCAACUCUUGAGGGUCAGACAGGGUCAAGAAGGAAACAGGGACGGGACGGAUCAUUUAUACAUCGUGACCCUUCAGGGACGGGUCACACAGGGUCAGGGACGGGACAAGCAAAUUUUCAGCCCUACAAACUAUGGAGUACAAUCAAAGUCAGUCUUGUAAUUUAGUUGUUUUUCCAUAUCUCUGGACUUCCCUUGGUUCAAAGAAAAAAUAAGGGAAAGA